AAAAUUUGUCGUCCAUCCAAGGUGUGGUCAAUAUAUAAGAAAGUCACUCGUCUACCUUAUUGUAUCAUUUCAUCUUCACUUUUCUUUUAACACACACGCACAAAAUGCGUAAAAUCGCGGUUCUACCGAUCAUACUAGCCUUUGCUAACUUAGCAAAUUGUGGAGUAUUGAGUGGUGGAAUUAGCACCGAUUUAACGCCGCCAGUUAGCACAGACUACGCAACCGGAUACGGAAGUGCGGUUGUAGAUCAAGUACAUCUAGCUCACGGAGGUCACUUUGCCCUUGCUCAAGGAGCUGUUGCUACUGGAGUGCACGGAGUAUCUGUCGCGACAGGAGCUGAAGCGGCUGUUGCCCCUGCAGUAGGAGUCGCUGCUCUCCCAGCUGUUGCAGGAAUUCACGGCCUCGCAGUAGGAACAGCAGCAGGUGUGGCCGCAGUCCCCGCAGGAAUCGCAGGAAUUAUCGGCGGAGGAGUCCUAGGUUCAGGUCUGGCUUUAGGUACAGCCAAUAUCGUCGAUGCUGGAACCACCUACAGCCGAAACACCCAACAAGUGGCAAUUCCAGUCCCACAUCCCGUCCCAGUUGUUGUCAAUCGUCCCGUUCCCGUCCCAGUUGCUGUCCCACAACCUGUCGACGUCCCACGACCAGUCCGCGUUGAAGUUCCACAACCAGUUCCUGUCGUUAUUAAAAAACCAGUUCCUGUGGCCGUCCCACGUCCCGUUCCUGUCCCAGUGCACCAUCCUGUUUAUGUAAAAGUGCCAAAACCAGUCCCGGUUAGUGUUCCACAACCCUAUCCUGUUAUUAUCCCGAAACCAGUCCCCGUUAAAGUACAUACAAAAGUUGAGGUUCCUGUACCGAUCCCGGUUCAUCAUCAUCAUCAUGACCAUCACGAUCAUCAUGAUUACCAUUAUGACCACGACCAUCAUUAUCACCACCACGGCCAUCUUGUCAUUCCCGGAGGAUUAAAAGGUGGUUUAAGCAGUAAAUUAAUUGGUGGUUUAUCCAGUGGUUAUUCAUCAUAUGCUGGCAGCCAUGGUAAUUACAUAAGUGGCCCCAAUUUCAGUGGUAGUGGCAGUUUUUCCAACCAUCAUCACCAUCAUCACAAUUUGUAUGAUCAUCACGAUUUUCAUGAUCAUCACGAUUUUCACAAUCACCACGAUCAUCAUUUUCAUGGGUCAGGACAACUGUAUGAUAGUAACGGUGGCUACAAAUAUUAAUAGAAGCUUGUAAUUUUACCUUAUAAUCUAGUCGUUAUCAUUAUUGCGUUUUGUUCAGUUUGUAAAGUGUUCAAUAAAGUUUAUUUUCAUAAUA